CCCUAGGAGAGACUCGAUAGUCGCGGUUAUGGUCCAGCUAGAUCUGGACGAGUACAGAGAGGGUGUACGACAGAUCAGAGAAUACGCGGCCGUUCAUGAUGUCUCUGAGGCGCAAACGUCGGAAAUAUUUCGAGCUUGCUUCCGACAAUUGGAGGUCAAGUAUUUGAAGCGAUCGAGUAAACGGUCGAGACCUCUGCGAAUUGUAUUAUCAUUUGCUCUUAUCUCUAUCCUAUUAUUAUAUUUAUGCCAAAGUUGGUUAAACGUUUUAUUUAUAAGAAUUUCGCAAAAUUCUAUUUACCCGGCCUUAUAUAUAUUGCGCAAGGCGGCUGUACCGAUCGUUAGCCUGUAUCCGUCAUUAUCUGAAUUGUAUGAUGAAUGGUGCUUGCUAGAGAAUCCCUAUUUCUAUGUCAAUGAUAUGGAUUGCUGGCCUUGCACCGGCGUUCAUUCUAUACUAGAUUUGACCGGCCAUAAUAUUAGCAGAUCCUUCAACGUUGCUAUACCAUACACUAGAACGGAGAAUAACACCGAGGUCAAGAUGAAAGAUCUAGUCAAUUUGUAUUGGAAUAAUCGAGAUGUCUUUGAUGAAGACGCUAAGAGAAUCUCUUCUAACAAUGCAACUUUUAAAAUUAUCCGUGAUGUUGCGGACAAGAGACUGGACAUGUUUCAUACCGCUUCCCUCUCUACUCACAUAUCUUGGAGAGUAAAUCGUAUGAAGCCCAGUAGAAUACUCCGAAAGUUGUUUCCGAAACCAGCGGAGACUCCAAAUUGGUGGAGUCAAGGCACAGACAGAUAUAUUUUCAUCGACGAAUCAGGAUCACUGCCUUAUUCAUUGCCUAAUCCUGAGUGCAGUAAUAUUAUAAUACGGUGCACGGCUGGUGAAAGACUGAUAAAAAUGAUGCCGAGUUUGGAGUGCACUCAACAUUGUAGAUCUUGGACCAUUUUAUUGUCCGCUGGACAUACACUAUGGUACAAUUGGUGGUAUUGGAGACCCGUGAGUCUACCAGUGUACAAUGCUACUGAUCUUUCUAUUGCUUAUUUAACCUCGUUUUGUUGAUAUCACCGGUAGGAAAAAACCUUGUGCCAAAACCAUGCAGCCAAAUACGGUGAAGCGCAUUUAAUAAAAUUAAUAAAUUAAGUUUGUACCUGCACAUUCCUUUUUUAUUAGUUUUAACUUUUCCA